AUGUCUACAGUAGCCGAUGAGCUACUUAAUGAUUUCGGAAGCUCAGGGGACGAAGCAGAGGACAUUGACAAUGAUGGGCUUGUGCACGAUGCGAAUCAUUCCCAUGCACACGACGACGCCAUGGAUGUCGACGGCGACAAGGACGACGAGGAAGACGGCGACGAGAAAGGAAACGACAUGACCGAUAUCGAUGAUGCCGAAGCGACCAAGGCCAAGGUAGAGAAGAUGCAGCUUGGCGCGGUCAAGGAUGUCCGCAGUGUGGCCAGCCUCAUGGCAACUCUGGAGCCAGUUUUAGAGAAAAUUGCGCAUUACCGAUCGCAAGCGCCUUCGCAAACCAUCAACGUUGGCAACAUUGAGGACCACCCAGAGUACCACCUGCUGACGCAGUCGAACAGCCUAUCCACCAUGAUUGAUGGGGAGGUGGUGCUGGUGCACAAGUUCAUCCGCGAUCACUACUCGACGCGAUUUCCCGAGCUGGAACGACUGGUGACAACCCCGCUGGAAUACGCAAAAGUGGUGUCCAUCAUUGGCAACGGCCCGAUGGACUCUGAGAGCAUAAAGUCUCUCCAGACGUCGACGAGCAAUCCCAUGAGCAUGGGGUUGAAAGCAGUCCUGGACGGGCCCUCCCUCAUGAUUGUCACGGUGGAAGCAACAACGUCCAAAGGUCACGAGCUGAGCGCCGAGGAGCUGAGCAGGGUGCGCCAAGCAUGCGCAAUGAUGGUGGCGCUGCACAAGGCAAAGCAGACGCUGGCGGACUACGUGCAGUCGCGCAUGAACGUCUUUGCGCCAAACUUGACAGCCCUCAUCGGAUCCUUGACGGCCGCUCAGCUGCUCAACGCAGCCGGCGGCUUGACCGGUUUGUCAAAGACGCCCGCGUGCAACAUCCCCUCAUGGGGGUCCAAGAAGAGGCAGGCGGGCUUGGCGACCAACAUCGGCGUCCGGCAGCAGGGAUAUCUCUACAACUCGGAAAUGAUUCGAGGCAUCCCCAACGACCUGAAGAAGCAAGCCAUGAGGAUUGCGGCCGCCAAGCUCGUGCUCGCCGCCCGAGUGGACCGGAUUCACUCGAGCCCCGACGGCACAACUGGGGACCAGCUCAAGUCGCAGUGCCUGGAACGGCUGGAAAAGCUCACCGAGCCGCCACCCAACAAGGGGCUACGAGCUCUGCCCGUCCCUGGCGACAAGCCGUCGAGAAAGCGCGGAGGUCGACGGGCGCGAAAGGCAAAGGAAGCCGUGGCCAUGACGGAGCUGCGCAAAGCCCAGAACAGGAUGGCGUUUGGCAAGGAGGAGAAGGAGGUGGGCUACGGAACGGGCGACAACACGGUUGGCUUGGGCAUGGUUGGGCAGCAAAACGACGGCAGGAUAAGAAACAUCCAGAUCGACCAGCGCACGCGAGCAAGGCUCAGCGCCAAGAACAAGGGCUGGGGAGGUGCCAGUACCGUCGGCGGAGCGGCAUCCUCCAUCGGCGGCUUCGGCCAGACGCCCGGCAGCAUGGAUCUCCGCGGAAAGGGUCUGCGCGCGUCUGGCGUGGGCAGCACGGUCGGGUCAGCCACCGGCAUCGCCUCGUCGCUGGCCUUUACGCCCGUGCAAGGGUUGGAGCUCGUCGACCCCAAAGUACAGGCAGAGCUGAGCAAGAAGCGAAAAGCAGAGGAGGAUCGAUGGUUCAAGGGUGGCAUGUUUACCCAGGUGAAUGGCGGUUCAUCCACCAACGGCGGCUUCAAAGUACCAGGCCUGCCGGCCAGCAAGAGAGUCGACACCGGGUCCACCAAAAUGGCUCCUCCUCCGGUGCCACAGAAAUGA